GGGAGCAGAGAUGUUUGGAGGCUUUUUUUUAAUAUAAAAUUAUUUAUUUAAAUAAAAAUGGCCGCCGUGGAGAGCGGAGAGGAGAGACUAGAGGAGGGAGAGGAGGGGGCCGUUGACCCCCAGCCCCCCCCCAGGGAGAGAGACCGGUCCCACAGUAAGACCAAGAAGGCUCGUCGGCGCCAUGGCGACCGAGGGGUGGAGCCCACCGCCGCCGUGCUGCAGCCACAGGCGGGCGCCGAGCCCCCGACCCAGGCGUCGGAGCUGGCGGUGGCGGGCCCCUCGGAGCCGGGCUCGGAGUCGGCCGCGGGCAGCGAGUCGGCAGGUUCUCCCAGGCAGCGGCGCUCCGUCAUCCGGGACCGCGGCCCGCUGUACGAUGACCCGUCGCUACCCGAGGGCUGGACCCGCAAACUCAAACAGAGGAAGUCCGGACGCUCGGCGGGGAAGUUUGACGUCUAUUUGAUCAACUCGGAGGGAAAGGCGUUCCGAUCCAAGGUGGAGCUCAUCGCCUACUUUCAGAAGGUCGGAGACACGACCACUGACCCCAACGACUUUGAUUUCACGGUCACCGGACGCGGAAGCCCCUCCCGCCGCGAGAAGCGCCCCCCCAAGAAAACCAAGGUGGUGAAACCCUCGGGGCGAGGCCGGGGGCGGCCCAAAGGCAGUGGGAAGAUGCGGCAGGCUACAGAGGGCGUGGCCAUGAAACGUGUGGUUGAGAAAACUCCGGGCAAACUGCUGGUCAAGAUGCCCUUUGGCAAGGCAGAGUCCUCCACCGGCGCAACCUCCACUGCCGCAAAGGUGGCGUCUCCUGUCCUGGUGCCCAAGUCCCGUCCCGGGAGAAAGAGGAAAUCGGAACAGGAGCUUCCGGCCCCGCCUCAGACCACCCCCAAGAAACGGGGCAGGAAACCAGCCUCGGUCUCUGCGGCGUCAUCACCGGUCGCCACGGCACCCACCUCCACGCCGUCGACCUCCGGCGGCUCGGCGGCGGCGGCGAGCUACGCCGCGGCGGCCAUCUUAGCCGCCGAAGCCAAGCGGAGAGCGGCCAAGGAGUCGUCCGCCAAACUCGUUGUCCAGGAAACAGCCCUGCCGAUCAAAAAACGCAAAACGAGAGAGACGGUGGAGGAGAGGGAGAUCGUUCCCGCGCCGGCCGCUACCACGACAACCGAGACCGAGAGACGGGUAACCGUAGAGACGGAGGAGGCAACGGGCAAAGGGGAGGAAGCUCGGACCUCAGAGCCUCAGCCCGCGCCGUCUGAGAAGAGCCAGUCGCAAACGCAGAAGCAGCCGACAGCUUCCGCCGAAAGCCAACCGCGCGGACACAAGGCGCACAAAGGCAGGAAGCACAAGGAGAAAUCGGGAAUAGCGGCCGGAGACGGAAGAAGCCGAGGUCAGGACGUAGGGGAGGAUGUGGGAGACAAGGGAGGAGAGGGGGGGAGAAGUAGCAGCAGCAGCAGCAGUAGCAUCAGCCCGUCAAAAAGCCACAAAAGGAAGGAGCGGCCGCCUCACAAACACCAUCAUCAUCAUCACCACCACCGGCAUCAUCGCCACCAACAUUCCUCUGCCUCACCGAUGGACCUGCCUCCUCCUCCCCCUCCUCCUCCUCCUCCUCCUCCUCCUCCUCCUGCACCCCCCAGCCAGUCCAGACCAGACGUCAAGCCCCAGACUGUGCCUCAGCUCACCGCCCAACAACCACAGCACGCCCAGCAAGCUCCUCCCAAACCGCAGUCGCAGUCCGCCUCUGAUCCUCGGCAUCAUUCCCUUCAACAACGCCCCCAGACCCAGACCCAGACCCAUCCCCGUUCCCAGCAGCACCCCCAGUCUCCCACCCAGCCCCAAGCCAAGCCUCGGUACCCAGCGUCCCAGCCCUCUCCUACCAGGCACGUCUUGCCCCAGCCGCGGUCCCAACCACCCCAACAACCCCAAACCCACAGUCACGCCCAGGCCUCCCAGCAAAAACCCCAAUCGCAGCCUGUUCACUCCCUAACCGCGCACCAAACCCAGCUUCAGGCUCAGCACGCUCCACCUCAGUCCCCAUCGUCCAUCCUGCACGUUCAUCCGCCCCAAGCGAGGCACCCGCACCCGCAAACCCAGCCUCCCGCUGUGCUCCAACCUCAGACGCAGCCCAGGUACCCGUCUCAACACCAAGCCCCCCAGCUCAAACAACAGUCUCAACCCCAGCCGCGGCCUCACCUCCAGCUCCAACCGCAGCCCAGGACCGCAGCCCAAACUCCGCCUCAAUCCCAAUACAGAAUCCCAGCGCAAACUCCGACUCAGCCGCAGUCCAGAUCCCCCGCCCAAACGCAGCCUCAACCCCAAUCCAGGAACGCAGCGCAAACUCCGACUCAAUCGCAGCCCAGGAACUCGGCGCAAACUCCGACUCAGCCGCUGCUCUCCAGAGCCACGGUCCAACCGCACCUGCAGCCCCAGCCGCAGACGAGACACCCAUCUCAGCAACACCAACUCCAGACUCAAUACAGACCGCAACCCAGACAGUCCGUCUCCGUCUCUCAGCCGAGGCCGCCGCAGUCCCAAGCACAACCGCGCCCACACUUUCAGCGGGUCCAAUCGCAGCCCAGACCCCCCCAGCCCCAGCUCCCUCAGCUCAGCAGGCCCCACGUCAACGUGCAGCACCUCUCGUCGCACCGAUCGUCUCCCAGCCUGACCGCCAGGACCAACCCGGCCGGCAGCGCGCAGCCCAACCAGAGCGAACAGCCCCAAGAUCUGAGCACCACGCGGCCGAGAAGCCGAGACGUCGGCGGCGGCAGUAGCGUUGGCGUCGAAGGCGUCCGGGCGGCAGAAGGGAGAGCGGAGCCGGCCCAAAGCAGAGAGGUUUUAAGCGGAGAAAGGGGGUCGAACAGCAACUCGAGGCCUCCUCCCGGCGCCGUGGCUUCCGAGUCGGGAGUCGGGGGGCUCGUUCCCGGGCCGAGGCUCCGGGCAGAACCGGACGCAGCGGGAGAAGGCCGGGAGCUCAGAGACAUCGUACCGCAGUCUGCCGUCCCCUGUCCCAGCCGCGAGGAAACCGUAGAGUCACGGACUGCCGUCAGCGAAAGAGUCAGCUGAUUGGUCGGUUGCAGACGAGCCGGCAGGUCGGUCGGUUAGACUUUUUGGCGGACGGAAGGACGGAGUCAGCCACCAGGUUGGGGGAGAAGAAGAAGAAGAAGAAGAAGAAGAAGAAGAGGAGGAGGAGCGUGACCGGGCUGUUCACGGAGGUUUUAAUGAGUCGUUAGAUGGAUGGAUCAGCGUCACACAGCGCUGGUUUUGGCGGCCGGGGGGGGACUGUUCGCAGCUUCACCUCCCGUCUGAUUCUGUUUCUGGAGACUCGGUAAAGUUCGGGAUUCUGAGAGCCAACGUGGCGCUGAGGGACAGCUGGAGAAGAAGAACGGGAUAGUGUCAUUUUUUUUUUUUUUUUUUUAGGAAAAACAAAAUGGAAAAACCCCCGAUUUUAAAAACAAAAACAAAGUGUGUGUGUAUAUAUAUAAUCAAAAGGCAGCUGUUGUGUCCCGCUAGUUUCCGAGGGGAGGAGGGGUUGGGGGUGGGGGAGGAGGAAUAGUUUGGAACUAAAAAAAACUCAACGCUUAACAACACAUUACUCUGAACAAAACGUUGCUUCCGAAAUAUAACCUGUUUUAUUUUUAUUUUUUUUUCGCAUUUUGACAGUUUGUUGGGUUUUUUUUUGUCUCUUGUUAUACAGCUUUAAACUCUUGAUAUUAUUGACUGAAGGCCCCUUACUCAUCGCCGUGCUGCUGACUGACAGUCCCUUAUUUAAAGUCCUGCUCCUGACUGACCUUCUCUCACGAAAGACUCCUCCUAAAGAGGAGGCGAAGCUCCCUCCCCCUUGGGACCUCAUUUUGGAAAGAAUAUGUACGACAGUGAACGUGGGAGAGACCAAUCUUCGUUUUAUUUUAAUCCCGUGUGAAUUGAGUCACGAAAUACACAUAUGAUGUUCGUCAGUUUAAAACAGUGGUUCUCAACCUUUUUUGGCCCUAUACAUAAUCUAAUCCUUACCGCACCGCACCCCAAUCAAAUAAGAUGUAGGCUAGUUGCCCUGAAUAUUAAUGAUUAGGCCCUGUUGUUGUUGUUGUUAAAGGGAUACUCCACCGUUUGUUGAAAUAGAUCUUAUCACGGUCUACCCUGUCUGUA